AUUUACUUCCGUGUACGGUUUGUUCAACCAAACGCGCUUCAUUAAAUAAUUUUGUCCGAAUUCUUACUGAAAAUACUGAAGCCUCGACAUAGUACAUCCCUACUGUAAUGGAGUAAAACAUCAUUCAUGAAAUCUUCGUGUCCGGAUAAACUCGUCGAAAUGCACGUCGAAGCUUCUCGAUCUAGCUUAGCCUAGCUUAGCUUGUAGCCGCUAACAAAGAGACGCCUUUGUUAGCAACACAUACCGAGCAGGGUUCAAGUGCGAGUGUAAGGUGUUGUGAUUAUCGUGUGAAAAUGUGUGCAAAUAGUGUGAAAGGAGAGUACGUGGAGGAACUUUUUGGAACAAAAGAUGAGAGCGAGCGACGUCAACGACUGGACGAUGCUUCCAAGAAGCCUCAAGAUGACAGAGCAGACAUCAGUGAAGAACAUGUUCAUCCUGAGCAGCAGGAGUGGAACUUCGGGGUGGAGCAGCACGAGCCAAAUUCCCUCCAAAUCAAAGAGGAAGAACAGGAGGCUGACAUCCCAGAGUUUCCAUUUCGUGGUGUCAUUGUGAAGAGUGAAGAUGAUGACGAUCAAGAUGAGUGGUCAAUGCUUCAUCCCAGUCAAAAUGUCAGCAAAGAAGAUCCUUGUCCUGUGCAGCAGGAGAUUAAAGAGGAAGAGCAGGAGACUGAUAUCACAGAGUUUCCAUUGACUAGUGUCAUCGUGAAGAUUGAAGGUGAUGACGCAGAAGAAGGUGAUGGAGACCGCUGUGGAGGAUCACAAAAAGACGGGCUCUUAGCUCCACUAUCAGACUCUCCUGACACUGAUGAUGAACAGUCUCCAGGUGAUAUGGACACAUACUGGAAAUGCUCGCAGUGUGGGAAAACAUCUAGUUCAAAGUGGGGCUUGAAAAUACACAUGAGAACGCACACUGGAGAAAAACCGUUUGCCUGCUCAAUUUGUGGGAAAAGAUUCACUCAGAAGGGGCAUUUACGAGCACACACAAGAACACACACUGGGGAGAAACCUUUUCCCUGCACAAUCUGUGGUCUUGUAUUAAGUCAAAAGAUUAAUUUGACUAAUCACAUGAGAAUACACACUGGAGAGAAGCCGUUUGCCUGCUCAGUUUGUGGUAAAAGAUUCUCUGUAAAAGGACAUUUAAGAAUACAUACAAGAACACACACUGGAGAGAAACCUUUCUCCUGCUCAGUUUGUAGUCAGACAUUCUCUCUGAAGGGUCAUUUAAGAACACACACAAGGACACACACUGGAGAGAAGCCUUAUCCCUGCUCGGUAUGUGGUAAAAGAUUUUCUAUAAAGGGACAUUUAGUAGCACACAACAGAACGCAUACAGGGGAGAGACCUUUUUCCUGCUCAGUGUGUGGCCUUCGAUUAACUCAAAAGAUUAGUUUAACUAAUCACAUGACAAUACACACGGGAGAGAAACCUUAUGAGUGCUCAUUUUGCGGUAAAAAAUUCUCUAUAAAGGGACAGUUAAUAACACACACAAGAAUACACACUGGUGAGAAACCCUUUGUCUGUUCAGUCUGCACUGUAAGUUUCAGUGAUCGUUCCGGUUUGGUGAAACACAUGCGAACACACACUGGGGAGAAACAGUAUUCAUGCUCUUUUUGUGGUAAAAGUUUCUCUCAAAGAUGCACCUUGACAAUACACACAAGAACACACACUGGUGAAAAACCAUUUAGUUGUGAUGUGUGUGAUAAAAGAUUCUCCCGUAAGGAUCAGGUGAAGAAACACAAGUGCGCUGGCGAGAAGAGCAGUGGUCAAUGAAUUGUCAAUAAAUGUUGACUCUUUGUGGUAAGCUGUAAAAGUGUCUAAACAAGUCUACAAACAGCGAUAGUCUUCAAUAUCUAUUGUAGAGGCUGAAAUGCAGUUACGCUACGGUAACUUGUCAUUUUCUUUGGUUAAGUAAUGAUACCUGCAAACAUCAUCAUUUGUAAUGAAACGUGUACGAUAUGUGACCUUAUUACAGAAUAUUAUUCAGUACCAUGAAGUCAGGAAAAUGUUGACGAUCGUCGUCUUGAUACGCUCUUAACGGCACUGCAUGUGAUGAUGUCACAUGCACACCACACUGCUGGAGCGAGGACCAACAGGUCAUUUGUGUACACAGUAGAGCUGUGCGAUAUGACGACAUAAGUCGCUGUGCAAUAUAAACCUCUGUCAUUUGUAUUUGUUCGUUUGGUGUGUAGAGUUUUGUAUGAGCUCUGUUGCUACACUAUCAGCGACGGUGACACACCACGGGUUGCCUUUCCAAUA